GAAAAAAUUUGUGCUUCAAAGUGAGGCGAUCUCAUCAUUUAUUUGCUGACAUUAUCAAUGGCUUCCGCCGUUGAAUCACACAAAGACUACCAGAGACUCGGAUUGUGACUCCGAGAAGGACUCUCCGCCGCAUUGGGUGCUGACUCGCUCGCCAUUGACGCGCCGUCAAGUUCUCUCUGUUCGCCACUCAAUUCUGUAACCAAGACGACAAUGUCGGCCUUCCGCUUCUAAUUUUUCCAUUUCUGAAAUCACCCAUUUGAUCUCCUUCAGCCCUUUCAAUUUCCUUUCCGGGCAGUGUCUCCCAUGGGUCAGUUCUCGCGGAUUUGCUCUUACGAUGGGGUUUGCGCUAACUCUGCUGCGAUGAGAAAUGGGUCGGCCUCAACUUCUUCAUUGGUGCUCGAUAGUGAGAGAGAUGAGCUCAUCGAGGCACCAUUGAAGCUUGAGAGUAAAGGGGUUCCGGCUGAGAGGAGCGCGGCGGCGCUGAAGAACCACAGCGAGGCUGAGAGAAGGCGUAGAGCAAGAAUCAAUGGUCAUCUUGGGAGUCUAAGAAGUCUCGUCCCCGGUGGUAAGAAGAUGGACAAAGCAACACUGCUAGCUGAAGUAAUAAGCCAUCUGAAAGUGCUGAAAAGAGCUGCUGCAGAAGUUAGUGAUGCCCAUAUUAUACCAAAAGAAAUCGAUGAAAUAACAGUUGAACACCAGGAGGAUGAAUUCGACGGCGUUUCGUAUUCGAUUCGAGCGUCGCUAUGUUGUGAUUAUAAACCCGGCCUCCUACCCGAUUUAAGACGGGCACUUCAUGCUCUAGACCUGAUAAUAAAGAGGGCGGAGAUUGGAACCUUAAAUGGCAGGAUGCAGAACGUGUUGGUGUUAACCAGCUGCAAAGAUGGAGAUAUUGAAACUACUGAAUUGCAGACCUCCGUGCACCAAGCCAUCAAAUCUGUUCUAAACAACUUCUCUGAUCCACAAGAGUUCUCGUUUAUGGCGUUUCCAAACAAGAGACGGCGAAUUUCGCUGCUCGGUUCAUCGAGCUCGUCUUCCAUGGGCGAUUUCUGGUGAGCAUAUGAUUUCUUUUUACUGGUUUUUGCAUCUCUUGGGAAGUCAACAGGAUAAGUGAGUUGGAUAUUGCUAAGCCUCACUUAUGCAUUGAGAAGGAUCCGGGAUUCGAGCUGGGGUUGAAGUUAGCCCUAGUGAUCUGAUGGUGCCAAGUGGAGGGGUCAUCGCUCAACGG